AUGUUUUGGGUAAUAUUUAUUUUAUCCUUAUUUUCUGUUUGUAAUGCUAUUCUUAUUACUAAAAUACAAAAUAUUAUAAUAGUUGGUAAUAUCUAUAAUACUUUAUUGAAUGUAACACAAGAUCAAUGCAUAUGUGAAAUGAUAAAAGUAAAUGAUUCAAUAUCUGCUUUGAAUUAUUUUUCAACAAAUCAAACUUGUCAAUUAUUUCGUUCAAAUAGUAGUACAAUUUUUGUUGAAUUUUAUUUAAAUUCUACUGUUAUAUUUCUUAAUCAAUCGUCAAUAUCAAUAUUGAAUAUUCUAGAAUAUCAGCCGAGUACAUCAUCAUCAACAGCAAUACCAUCAACAUCACCGUCAGCAAUAUCAUCAUCAACAUCAACAACAACAACAGCAUCAUCGUCAUCAUCAACAACAUCAUCAACAACAUCAAAAACAACUUCAACAACAACUACAACAUCAUCAUCAACAUCAACAUCAACAACAACGUCAACAACAACAUCAAAAACGACUUCAACUUCAACAACAACAUCAUCGUCAUCAUCAACAACAUCAACUACAACAUCAACUUCAACAACAACUGCCUGCAACUUUUUUCAUAAUCAAGUUACUUAUCCAGUUGGUAUUAACCCACGCUCAGUAGCAGUCGUCGAUGUGAAUAGUGAUAAUAAACCUGAUAUUAUUGUUGCUAACUCUGGUUCGAAUACCGUUGGCAUUCUUCUUAACGCAGGCAACGGCACUUUUAGUGCUCAAACUAAUUAUACAGUUGGCUCUAGUCCACGCGCACUAGCAAUCGUCGAUGUGAAUGGUGAUAGUAAAACUGAUAUUAUUGUUGCAAACUAUGGAUCGAACAACAUCGACGUUCUUUUCAACACGGGGAGUGGCACCUUUAAUACUCAAACUGCUUACUCACUUGGCGCAGAUCCAUCCUCAGUAUCAUUUGUCGAUGUGAAUAGCGAUAACCAACCUGAUGUUAUUCUUGCAUACUAUGGUUCGAACACCGUCGGUGUUUUUCUCAACGCAGGCAAUGGUAACUUUAAUAAUCCAACUACAUACUCAGUUGGCGCAAAUCCAUCGUCAGUAUUAGUUGUCGAUGUGAAUAGCGAUAACAAACUCGAUAUUGUUGUUGCGAACAAUGGUUCAAGCACCGUCGAUGUUCUUCUCAACACGGGGAGUGGUACUUUUAAUGCUCAAACUAAUUACUCAGUUGGCAUCAACCCAGUAUCAGUAGCAGUCGUCGAUGUGAACAGCGAUAAUAAACCCGAUAUUGUUGUUGCAAACUCUGGUUCGGACACCGUCGGUGUUCUUCGCAACACAGGCAAUGGCACUUUUAAUGCCCAAACUACUUACGCAGUUGGUACUACUCCAUACUCAGUAGCAGUCGUCGAUGUGAAUAGCGAUAAUAAGCCCGAUAUUGUUGUUGCAAACAGAGAUUCGAACAACGUCGGUGUACUUCUCAAUUUAGGCAACGGCACCUUUAGCGCUGAAACCACUUAUCCAGUUGGUUCUGUUCCAUACUCAGUAGCAGUCGUCGAUGUCAAUAGUGAUAACGAAUCUGAUGUUAUUGUUGCAAACCGUAAUUCGAACACUGUCAGUGUUCUCUUGCAUUGUUAA